UUCGCAAAGUGUUAUGAGAUGACAGAUUUGACAACAAAUAAAGUUUAUGCUGCAAAAAUCAUUCCUCACAGUAGAGUAGCAAAACCUCAUCAAAGGGAAAAGAUUGAUAAAGAGAUUGAGCUGCACAGAAUGCUUAAUCAUAGACAUGUUGUGCAGUUUUACCACUACUUUGAAGACAGAGAGAAUAUUUACAUUCUUCUGGAGUACUGCAGUAGAAGGUCAAUGGCUCACAUCUUAAAAGCAAGGAAGGUAUUGACAGAACCAGAAGUGCGAUACUACCUCAGGCAAAUUGUGUCAGGGCUCAAGUAUCUUCAUGAACAGGAAAUCCUGCACAGGGAUCUUAAGCUAGGUAACUUCUUCAUUAAUGAGAACAUGGAACUGAAACUGGGUGACUUUGGCUUGGCAGCAAGACUGGAACCACUGGAGCACAGGAGGAGAACAAUAUGUGGCACACCAAAUUACCUUUCUCCAGAAGUCCUCAACAAACAAGGGCAUGGCUGUGAAUCUGACAUUUGGGCCUUAGGCUGUGUAAUGUAUACAAUGCUAUUGGGAAGACCCCCGUUUGAGACCACAAAUCUUAAAGAAACAUACAGAUGCAUAAGGGAAGCAAGAUACAACCUGCCUUCAUCUCUCUUGGCACCUGCAAAACACUUAAUAGCUAGCAUGUUGUCAAAAAAUCCUGAAGAUCGGCCCAGUUUAGAUGAAAUAAUUCGGCAUGAUUUUUUCUUACAGGGCUUUACACCUGAUAGACUUUCUGCUAGCUGUUGUCACACUGUUCCUGAUUUCCAUUUGUCAAGUCCUGCUAAAAAUUUCUUCAAAAAAGCAGCUGCUGCUCUCUUUGGUGGUAAAAAGGACAAAGCCAGAUACUUCAACACCCAUAACAGACUAGCUAAAGAAGAUGAAGAAAUCUACAAGCUCAGACAUGAUUUGAAGAAGACUUCGAUAACCCAACAGCCUCACAAACACAGAACAGAUGAGGAGAUACAGCCUCUUAACACAACAAUAGCAAAGCAGGGAGCAUUACCAGAAACUAAGCAGAUUGGAGACUCUAUUCGGAUGAUAGUCAGAGGAACUUUGGGAAGCUGCAGCAGUAGCAGUGAAUGCCUGGAAGACAGUACCAUGGGAAGUGUUGCUGAUACAGUUGCAAGGGUAUUGCGAGGAUGUCUGGAGAACAUGCCAGAAGCAGACAGCAUUCCCAAAGAACAGCUGACAGCAUCCUUCCAGUGGGUUACAAAAUGGGUGGACUAUUCUAACAAGUACGGCUUUGGGUACCAGCUGUCAGAUCACACUGUUGGUGUCCUUUUCAACAAUGGGGCGCAUAUGAGCCUUCUGCCAGAUAAAAAAACAGUUCACUACUAUGCUGAGCUAGGCCAGUGCUCUGUCUUUGCAGCCACAGAGGCUCCUGAACAGUUUAUUAGCCAAGUAACUGUACUGAAGUAUUUCUCUCACUACAUGGAAGAGAACCUCAUGGAUGGAGGAGAUUUGCCUAGCCUAACAGAUGUAUGCAGGCCCAGGCUUUACCUCCUGCAAUGGCUUAAAUCUGAUAAAGCAUUAAUGAUGCUCUUCAAUAAUGGCACAUUUCAAGUGAACUUCUAUCAUGAUCACACAAAAAUAAUAAUUUGCAAUCAGAGUGAGGAAUAUCUCCUUACCUACAUCAAUGAAGAGCGGAUAUCCACAACAUUUCGUCUGACAACUCUUCUGGUUUCUGGAUGCUCUCUGGAACUAAAACACAGAAUGGAAUAUGCUCUGAAUAUGCUGCUGCAGCGAUGUAACUGAAGGGACUGACCAUUAGACCAAAUGGACCCUCUUGUUCACUGUGAAAUCUACAGUGGGGAUAUUGGAGCAACUAUUAUGUUGAUGAUGGAUGUGUGGUGGUACGAAAACUUGACUGUCCUAGUGUGCUGGGCACACAUCUAUUAAACAGAAGCCUAAGCCUACUGUUGGACUAAAAUGAUGUGACAAGGAGUUCUUCGGACCAUAGUUUUCCUUGCUUCAUGUGUGUGUUAAAGAUUUUUUUGACUU